GCCGGGGAAUCCAAAAGGCGGUCGAACGGGGCAGAAAGGCGCAUCCAUCUUCGACCUUGCUAUCAAUUGAUAUUUCGUAUGCAUCGACCGAAUUACUUCCCUUCGAUGUCUCGACGAAUCCAGGGCCAGACCGGACCGUAACCGCAAACAGUGGUCCUCAUCGAGACACUCCAGCCAUGUCCCAGCAAUAACACACCCCAAAUAUCCCACCUAUCAAUUCAAGAACACACCAUGUCACGCGCUUCGAAGCUCACCCUCAUGGGCACCUCCAUCUUCGCGCUGAGCACCGUGGUCUUUGUGCACUUCCAGCAAAAAUGGGAGCAAGAGGCAAUGCACCAAGGCGUCGUCCGCGACAUGGAACAGCAGCGGCUGAAGCGGGAGCGGCAGGCCGACUUUGACAUGCAGCGGGCGCUCGAGGCCGAGUACAAGAAGAGCCAGACGGUGCGCGACAGCACGGGCGAGGAGGACUUGACAGCGUCAGGACCUGGGGGAGGGGCUGUACGAGGACAAGGGUUGAGUGUUGGGAGGUAGCGUCGACGACAUCGCACAAGCUGGGAUGUGUGGGGGAUAAUGGUUCUUUGGAUGAGGAGGGUAGCGAAUGCCAGACAGCAAGGGGAAAGUCCCGUACAACAUCAAGGGCUUCAGUGUAAUAGUACCUGUACAUUAAGGGUAGCCAAGGGGCAUAACAUUUCUCACGUUCUUGGAUUGUAUACCCUAUUCUGUCUACCACAAUCCUAGAUUGAUGCAACACCAAAC